CAGUUUCCGAGAGACAUGCGGACAUAAAUACUCUUAUUUUUGGGUUUCCUUCUCCCGAGGGAGAUCUCUGCUUCUCGGGAAGCUCUCCGAUAAGAAUCAGCAGGAGUAGGAGAUUCCCGAAUGUAAAAAUCGGAUCUUUUGUCUGGUUUUAUUCUAAAUAUGCGAUUUUGGAUUUGUUCUGAGGGAAGUAAAGUAGUUUUGCUGGAAUUCGAACUCCCACAAGGUAAAGAUCGGAUUUUUUUUCACUUAUUUGAUCUAAAGAUGCCAUCUUGAACAUGUUCUAAAUGAAGUAGUUUUGCUCGAAUUUCGUCGCGUUCUUGAUGAGGAACUGGUAUUGGAUUGAGUGGAAUACUUGGGAUUGAAGUCGCCAGAAGUGCACAAAAAAAAAAAAACUCUUUUUUGGCUGCUCUUUUGAUCUGGUUAAGAUGCAAGCUGCAGUUUUGCCAUCGGAGGAUGGCAAGGAUGCGCCGCAGAGGACCCAAUCAAGGGUUUUUCCGUCGAGGAUUCUCCAGCUUCUCACGCUGUUCGUGGUUCUGGCUUCCGUAUUCUUUGUCCUCAGCAUGUAUAUGACUCGGUAUUUUGACCUUCAGACGAUUAAAUCCCAAGCUCGCCCUGUCGUCAAGUCCUGCGUCGUGGAGGAGCAGACUGAUCUUAGACGUUGGAUCAAGCCUCCGCGCACCCUGAUGCACAACAUGAGCGAUGAGCAGCUCUUUUGGCGUGCUUCGUUUGCUCCUCAGGUGAAGAAGUAUCCGUUUCAGAGGGUUCCCAAGGUUGCCUUCUUGUUCUUGACUAGAGGACCUCUGCCACUGUCUCCACUUUGGGAGAGGUUCUUUGAAGGGCAUGAGGAGCUUUACUCCAUUUACAUCCAUUCCCUGCCAGGUUACCAGCCCGACUUCCCGCCAUCCUCAGUCUUUUAUAAGAGGCAGAUCCCUAGUAAGGUAACUGAGUGGGGGAAGAUGAGCAUGUGUGAUGCGGAGAGGCGGCUACUUGCCAAUGCAUUGCUUGAUCUAUCCAAUGAACGGUUUGUCCUGCUUUCCGAGUCGUGCAUUCCUCUAUACAACUUCAGCAUUACCUACCGAUACUUGAUGAGGUCCAGGUACAGUUUUGUUGGAUCAUUUGAUGACCCCGGUCCUCAUGGAAGGGGGCGGUACAACCUGAGGAUGAAACCUGAGGUCAACAUUGCACAAUGGCGUAAAGGGGCUCAGUGGUUUGAAGUGAAUCGAAAACUUGCGAUCAACAUAAUCAGUGAUGCCAAAUAUUACCCAAAGUUUAGAGAUUUCUGCAAGCCAGGAUGCUAUGUGGAUGAGCACUACUUUCCCACCAUGCUGGCAAUAGAGUCACCACAUCUUAUGGCAAAUAGAUCUGUCACCUGGGUGGACUGGUCGAGGGGUGGGGCACACCCUGCAACCUUUGGAAAGCGAGAUAUUACUGAAGCAUUUUUAAAGAAGAUUCUUGAGGGCAAGAGUUGUUUUUACAACGCCCAGCCCUCGUCAGUUUGUUUCCUCUUUGCUCGGAAGUUUGCUCCAAAUGCCUUGGAGCCUUUGCUCCAACUUGCACCCAGUUUGCUUGGGUUUAAAUAAUUAGCAGUGAAGCAAAGCAGAAACAACGCAGGUUCACAGCAGCAUGAUACUCAAUUAGGUUUAUGAGGAGGUGUUCACGAGAGUUUUUAGAAAUUAUUAGAUAAUUUUACGGCCAAAAUAUAUAUUCAAGUAAAUAGUUAAAUAUAUAGCCAAUUUUCUUAAAUACAGCAAUUAACCAGAUGCAAGGUUUACCAUACAAAUCAGAUUACAUGUUAAAAUUUGCAAUUUUUCUUGUACGGGUAAUCCAUUCUUUUUCUUAUUAACAUCAUGUUUUAAGAUUCUUUCACUGACAGCCUUUACAAUAUUUAUUUUUACUCUUAUUAUAAUUUUAGGUUUUUG